AUGGCCGCUGAAGCGGAGGCAGCCCCGAUGGCCCUGGACGAACCUGAGCAGCCGGACCAGGAGAAGAAAUCCGACGAGGCCACUCCAGCCCAGCCGAAGAAGGAGAAGAAGGCUCGCGAGGCAACAACUAAGGACAGCGGCAAGAAACCAGGACUCUAUGACGCAUCCCCAGUGCUCGAGGGCAAACGGGAGCGCAAGAAAGUGGAUCGCUUGGAGGUGGUGGUGCCCGUGAAGAGCCCGGAGCCGACCGUGAAGCAGGGCAAGGGCCUGAAGCUCGGCGAAAUCCCCAACGUGCACUUCAAGCUCAACAAGCUGCGCGGCGGCGACGACCUGGUGGUGUCGCUGCACACGCUGCUCUUCAAGCGCAAGGGCGGGUCGCACGAGCGGAAGCGCAACAUCUUCGGUUUUUCGGGGCUGGUGUAUGACGGGGACGCGGCGGCCGAGCGCGCCAAGGUGUCUGAGAAGCUGGCCAAGUGGACCAUCCCCAUGCUGCAGAACCUCAUAGACACACUGGACCUGCCGCGACCCAGCGAGGGCAACAAGGACUCCAAGGUUGAGCGGCUGGUGGAGUUUUUGGAGAAGCCCAAGAAAGUCGGGGACAAGGACCUGGCGGCCGCGGCGAACAAAAAGAAAGAGGCAGCGGCGCGCAAGCGGGAGCGCGAGACCAAAAAGAAGGAGAAGGCCGCGGCCAAGGCCGCCAGGGGCAAGAAGAAGGCGGCGGCGGGCGGCAAGAAGAAGAAGGGCGAGGAAGAGAGCGAGGAGGAGGAGAGCGAGGAGGAGAGCGAGGAGGAGGAGCAGAGCGAGGAGGAGGAGAAGAGUGAGGCCGAGGAGGGCAGCGGCGGCAAGGACGCGGCCGCCGACGAGGAGAGCGAGGAGGAGGAGGAGGAGGAGGAAGCGGAGGAGGAGGAGGACGAGCAGCCAAAGAAGCGGGCGCGGCGCGCGAGCGGCGCCAAGAAGCCCGCCCCUGCCAAGAAGCCGGCUGCCAAGACGGCCGCCGCCAAGCGGGGCGGCAAGAAGGCCGCGGCGGCGGCCGCAGGUGAAGAGGAGGAGGACGGGGCCGGCGGCGAGGGCGAGGCGAUGGAGGAGGACGCGGCGGCGGCGGAGGCGGCGGCAGCUACCGAGAAGCCGGCGGCCAGGGGCGCCAAGGGGAAGAAGGGCGGCGCGGCGGACGCGGCGGCGGCGGCGGGGGCGGCGGAGGGCAAGGCGCUGCCAAGCGAUGAGGAGGUGGAGGCGGCAGUGCAGGAGUUGAUGCGCCAGGCUGAUCUGAACGCCAUCAGCGUGAAGGCCAUCCUCGCGUCCCUCAAGGACCGGUUCCAGGUGGACAUGGCCCCCAAGAAGGCGCUGGUCAAGGGGGUGGCCCAGGCCUACAUUCAGCAGCACGCAGCAGAGGUGGAGGCAGCCGCGGCCCCCGCGCAGGCAAGGGGGUGUUCAGGGUUGGUGCUUGCAAACGUGCCGCCCGCUGAGCCGCCGGGCUGCGUGUGA